AAAAGUCGAAAUGAUGGAUGGAUCAGUGGAGCAAAGCAAGCAGCGACUGUCGAUAUUUUUCAUAAAAACAUGCAUUUCGUAGAGUGAAGACAUGAUAGAUAAUUAUAUUCGGACGAAUGUGUACAGAAAUGAAUUUGCAAACGCUAUUUCAGGAUUUUAAUCCUAGCAAAUUCGUGGUGCACAGUUGCUUACUAGUUUUUACGGCGUUGUUAGCUUUAAAACUUGAUGGCGCUAUAACAUGGUCGUAUUGGGCCGUAUUUACCCCGAUAUGGGUUUGGAAAUUCCUCGUAGUGCUCGGUGCAACAGUUGGCACUUACGUUUGGUGGCAGUACCCUCACUUCAGGUUAGAAGGAGAGGCGUACAUUCACUACAAAGCCAUGCUGAUCAGUCUUGCCAUCCACCUGAUCCUGCUCAUGUUUGAACUGCUCGUCUGCGAUCAGCUCUCGGUGAAACGCCAUGUGUGGAUACUAGUCUUCAUACCCUUAAUUUUUAUAAGCAUAGUAUCCAUUGCCAUAUGCAUAUGGUCUGUACGACAUGAUCGGAGUUAUGAGUUGGAGUUGUUUUGCGCCGUGAAUAUCCUGCAGUUUAUCUUCCUGGCGCUGAAAUUAGACGAGUUCAUCAACUGGUCCUGGGAAGUUGUGUUUGUGCCGCUCUGGAUUCUGAUGUGCCUGAGCCUUGUUGGUGAGUGGGUGCUGUACAGCAUCAUCUUCGCGGGCAUGCUGCUGCGCACGGCGGAGGCCAACGUGCAGCAACGCCGCAGCAGCUUCCACGCCGCGCUCGCGUACACCUUUACUGUUAUACCUAUCCUGGUGUUCCUGGUGCUGCUAACUAACAAGUUGGACGACGGUAUGCAAUUGUCGUACACGGUAGUGGCUAGCCCGCUCUUCGUGGGUUUUGCAACGCUCAUCGUUAUGUCAUUCAGUUCGAAGGGCGGUAACAAAUGGUGGUUCGGCAUCAGGAAAGACUUCUGCCAGUUCCUCCUAUCAGUGUUCCCGCUACUCCAAGAAUACGCCAACAUCGCCUACAACAACAACGUCAACCGGGGCUCCAACAUAGUCCCCACCGAGCCCCCGGUCACACAGGAACCUUACCGGGACGAAGACACAAAGAAAGUCAAAGAAAAUAAAAAUCAUAAGAAUCAAAAGAAGAAUGAAGCGAUGAAACCUGUAGUGCCUGUGACUAGUAUAGAUAUGCCUGAUUGACGCUUUAAAGUUAGUGAAGUGGUCAUUUGUUGUGUCCCGAUUUGGGCUUCGGUGUAGCUGUUCAGUUUUCAUGGUGCGGAGAUGUAAUGUAAGUCUUCUUUUUAAAUAUAUUUUUCAUUUAUUGAAAUAGCACAAAGACAAAUCAAUUGCGAAUUCUUUUGGCGUAUUCUUUUUAAGAAUUGACUGAAAAUGUAUGGUUAGGCAAUUUUAACUAGUCGGGGCAUUCAAGAAGUAUUUAAAUAGAAUCUAUGUUGUCCUGUUUGUAAGGGACUAUAUAAAAAUUAUGAAAAAUCUUAAUAAGAAAACUGAAUGAAGACACUUGCAUCUUAAGUGUUGUACUAUAAGCGAUUUUUAACGUAUUGUUAAGUUUGAUGUUAAUUUAACUUUAAUCUUUGUUGUAGGGAACAGUUUAACAAAAUGUUAUUUUUUCUGUAAAACCUUUCAUCUCAAAAUAUCGGGACUUGAGGUUCAAUCUCUAGUUUUUUUGCUGUUUAGUCCACAGAUAUCAAUAUAAAGUGAUAUUUCUAUAUUCAUAUCGUAUAUUUGACAUAUAAGCUUACAGUUAAUAACAACCAAAACACUUGCAAGUUUGUGCCCUAUAUGCGUGUCUCUUGUUAUGUGCCGUCGCACACACAUAAUAUGUCUAAAAUAACCAAUAAUAACACUCUGGGAACCAUUGUGCGUUCGCUUGUUAUUAAAAAAAAAAGAAGCACACUUGAUUCACUUGAUUGUAACAUAUAACUUGGUAAAAACAUUGUUGUAGAAAUAGUUAUAGAUGGGAGUAGGAAUGUGACUAAUUGAAUGUUAACAGAUAAGUUUAGUUGAAAUGUUGUUGUAGUUAUUUAUUGGGGCUAUAGACAAUAUAUAAUUCGUUUCGUCAUGACAGUAUCUCAGCUUAUACACUAAUAUACGUUUAAGAACAUAAUUUCAGGAUAUCGUAUAAUAAAAACUAAUACUAAUAGUUCUAACUGCUGUUUACCAUUAGGUAAGGGGUCACAUGCACACAAACAUACAUCUAUUCUUUUAUAGGUCGUCGUCGUAAAUUUAAGAGUUGGACUCUUGUCGGUGUAGCUCUCUCCAUUUGACUCUAUCCAGGGCCGCCUCCUCCUCCUCUUUUAUAGGUAUACAGCUAUAUUUACUAAUACAAUACACCAAUGACAAUACAUUAACCUUUUGACUGCCACAGACGGCUGUGGCCAUCGGAAAGUCUUGCCAAGGACGCCAACGACGGCCACAGCCGUCACCUUCGCCAAUACAAUAGGGACUUACGCGGGACUCCGUAAAGUUCAAUUUCGCUUAAAUAAUCGCGUCCGCCUGGCGUCCGGGGCACGUCAUAUUCCUUCGCCGUCUGGCGUUCAAAUGGUUAAUGAAAAUUCGCGCUUAGACGAUUUUCAAUGACGUUAUUAAAGUAAUUGGUGCAUAUAGGUUUUAUGUCUAUGAGUCCACCAUAGUUUGGUAAAACGUAUAAUUUUAAAUUUUCAAUCAAUUAAUCUGUGCCUCAAUAUUGUUGUGACUAUAUACUUUUACCUCUGUUACCGAAUUACUAGAUCUUAUUUUAAAUAACUAAAGCUAGCUGCUUAGUGAAUUGCUAAUUCGUAAGUUUUAAUGUACACAGUUUUCUUUGUUAUGCGAAACUAUGUGCUGCAGCUUUUGCCUUGAUAUGUGUUUAAACAUUAAUAAUACUUUUAAUGGUACUGGUAAUAAUUCGGUAUAAAAAAUAUUUAACUUGUUAAUGUUAUUUUACAAUGUUAAGUAACCUAUUUUUCUAUCACCUAAAAUUGCUUAAACUCAAUAUUUCUUAUGGGUUCCUAUACUUAAAUGCUCUUCCUUUUGCAAUUGAAGGGAUGUUUACAAAAACAACAUAACUGCUUAGAGCCGUUGACACUUUUUUAAGAACAUUUUUAAUCGUUUCAGGUGUCAACCAGUGUAGUCAGUUAUGUUGUUUUUGUAAACACCCCUUCAAUUAAAACUAAACAGUCUUCAACUGCACCAAUUUAGAAAAAUGCAACACCCACAAAGGUCAACCUAGCCAUAUUUUUUUGUGAAAGCUUAAAUUGUGUAGUCCUUUUAAAAGUUAUAAGGAAGUAAUACUCUAACAUUGCUUUUGCCUUGACGCUAAUCCAACGAAAACAGCGCGCCACAUGGCGUGACUAAACGUAGGUAACAUAUUUUUGAACUGCCUGUUUUUGAUAUAUGAACUUUUAUAAUCAAAAUGCAGUCAAAGAAUGCAUUUAAGUUUUGUCUCUCAGUGAUAUAUAAAAUAUUUGCGAUGUCACUAAUAAUAAUAAAAAAAACUUGAACCUUGCCUCUGCCCUUAUGUCGUGACAAGAGGCUAUUCAUGACACCGACGCGCCCUAAAUGACACCAUAAAAACGUCUCGUCUGAUUUAUGAUUUAGAAGCACGACCCCUUUCUCUCGGUACCUUUGUUGAUUACAGAACGCACCAAUUUUUCCCUAAAAAGGGAAACUGGUAGUGAAUUUUUAACUUACACAUAUCAUAAUUUCAUAAAUCUUAACUAAUUAGCGAAAUACUUAGUUUUGAAUUAGUAAACUUUUAAACUUGCGUUGGGUUGGGUUACGACGAAACAGGUAUUUGCUUAGGAAAUUAUCGGAUGAAGGGUAGGGUCUAAUAGUAGUUUUAGGAGAGCAGUCUUCGAAAAAAAUGUUCUAAGCGCACAAUACCUAUAUUUUUAUUGGCACCUAAAGCACUGGUCGUUGGCAGCUAGUUUAUGCAGAAACUUCAUUAUUUGAAAUAAAUUAGAAUGAACGAGUGGAUUUAACAAUUUUAGUCAAGGGCACAUACAAAUAAUACACAGCAGGUCAAAUAUCCAUUUAUAAAAAAAGUGCUAAAUAUCCAACUACUUUUAAGCCCAACCUUAAUGAUUAUAUCCUACAUUGUAUACCUGCCGUUAAAUUUAAAUAUCGAUGUUCAAAUGACAAUAUUAGUUAUUAUUUUUACAAAAUAAUGUACGUUUAAUUACAUAUUAUUUUUCUGUGAUAUACUUCUUCCUUCAAGAUUUUAAAAUUAUUUUGUUACUGUCAUACAAUCAACUUCUAUUUUAUGUUCAUGAGGGUUAUAAAUAAAAUUGUACAUGAAA